AUGAACGCACCCAGUAAGCGAACCAACUCGGCCCAGCGUGCCACCUCGCCACCGGUUAGGAAAGACAACUCGGAAAUGAAAAACACCGCGGAAGCGAAGAACAUAGCAGACGCGAAAGAAGGGCGCAUAGAGGUGCACAAAGAUCACCUCCAAUUCAACAACACGUUUGCAAACAUAACCCUGUGCCUGAUGGGUAUGUCCUCCGUGCUCUUGUACAACUGCGUCUUGAAUACCACCCCCCACAUCCACGAACUGUUAAACAGAAACAUCGUGGUGUCGUCCACCUUCUUCCUAUACUUCUCCGUCUUGGUGUUUGUUUCACUAAUCAGUUCUUUAUUUGUGGAAGUGAAGACGAGGACCUAUGACAUAUGUUUUGUCAUUUCGUUUGCCCUUCAGUUUCUGUACCCUCUUGUCGUAAAGUACUACUAUGACCAGACCUUUUUAUUUUAUGUGCUCAUUGGAUUCAUCGGUGCAACCUGCUCCGUAAUGAAGACGAUGAUUUUUUCCAUUGCGACUAUCGUCUUGAAUAGCUCCAAAGUGAUUUGUUUGUCGUAUGGUUUGACUGGAAUUUAUUCCCUUUUCAUUACAUCUACCUUUUUAUAUUUUUUAAUAAGAAUUGACAAAGAUGUACAUAAGCUUAUGCGAUCCAUAUUUGCCACCUGCGCAAUCAAUUGCACCUUUAUCUUCAUCUCUUUCAUUUUCUACUCCGUGUUGAAAAGUACUGAUGAGUUUAAACGCAAGUUCAAGAUGUACGAGGAGGAAAGCAAAGGGAAACGAGCGCGCAGUGGAAGCGGCGCGCUGUUUGACAAAGUGGGGGGAACAACCGGGGGGGAGUCUUUCGUCAUACCGGUUGAGGGUUCCACUCACGAAGGCGGCUACAGUAGGAAUGAAAGCGAGAAUGAGAAGCAACCGCAGAAGGAAGCUCCGAAGAAAAAUGCCAACAACGCGAAGGAAGGGAAGGACGGGAAGGUAGAGAAGGCAGGGAGGGACGCCAGAGACCCCAUGGAGGUAAGCCCAAAAGGUCGCUUCUUCCCAGACGUCUCCUCAUUCAACGUCAAGCUAAACGAGAUGAUGAAGCAAGCCAGGAUAAAGGCAUUCCUCUACAAGAAGGCCAUCGUUUUCCUCUUUUGCACCUUUUACAAUAUUUUCCUCAAGAUCGCAGUCUUCCCUGUUGUCUGCCCAGAAAUGUGGACCAAAAAUGUAGACGAGAGAUACAUCCUGAUUGGCAUGGUGCAGCUGGGGGACUGCGUCAGUAGAAUUUUUCCAACCUUUGCAGAGACAGUACCAGCUUUUAAAAAGUUUCUUCUGCCACAAAAGAAGGUAUUCAUAUACUCACUCGCGAGGACGUUUCUAUCGGUCCUAUGUUUGAUAAUCCCCCUCACAGAUAUGGCCCUCUUGCAAAAUUUUCUUUUUAAAUGCGCCCUCAUUUUUUCUAACAUUUACCUAAAUGGCUGGUUUGUCGUUAUGUCCUUUAUCAACAUUUCCGAUGUCUUGAAGCCCCUAAACUCGAUGAGCAACGUUGCCAUGGUCAGCAGCUUCGGCUCCACGCUGCUCCGAAUGGGCCUUCUCACGGGGUACGGUACCUCGAUCAUCUACAGGCACUACGUCCAGGGGGGGUGA